AUGGCUCUAUCUAGUCCAGAAUCACCUGUUCCGCCACGCCGGGUUGUAAUUAAUCGCACUGAAAACCCGAGCGAGGAACACGAGGAGCUUAACAAGAUGGCGCACGGCGUUGUGGCAGAAAGUCGAAGGUUUGUACUCUUGGUUGGGUUUUCUUUUAUGUAGCAAGGUUUCGCUUAGUUGUGUUAUUAUGGAGGAAACUUAUUUAACGUAGAUAAUUUACUGAAAUUUUAAAAGGUGUAUAUGCACACGAUCCCAAGCCUAGCUCUUGAUUUAUUACAUGGCCAUAUGCAUUGUUUCUAUUUUAUGUCCCCCCACCACUCCCUCCCCCGCUCCUUCCCCCCCCCGCUAAUCUCAAUCGAUGAGGUCUCAACAUGCGAUGCAUACCGGCAGCCUUAACUAACCUGUUGAUCAGUUGUACGGUACUUUUUUCUCAUUUCAUUUUGUUUGUAUAACCGCUUAUUUUACUCAUUUGACCUUAAGACGGAAUCUACCAGGAAAUUGAAUAAUUUUGAUUUCCAGUGGACAAAAACCUUGUACCAGAAUAAUUUAAAGCAUAUUGCAUUCAAGGGCUGAAGAUGUAAUUAGUCAUCUGUAAUAAUACCAAAGAAAAUUUCUUAAUGAAGCCCAAGAAAAUGAAAUGCCAAAUUUCACAAAAUUGCAUCUUUCACAUGAAAUUUUCAGAAUUAAAUUAAAAUAACUCAAUUUCCCGGUGGAUUCCGUCUUAAUACUUGAGCCUCUUUAUGGGUAUUUCCUGUAUUAAAUGGACACAAAAUUUUUCCUCAAGGGUCUCCAUCUAAUAUAAUCAAACCCCACUUUAUGGACACCCGCUUAAUACGGACACCUCAUUAUUACGGACAGUUUGCUUUGUCCAUGGGGUAAGAAAGCCCUUACAUUUUCUCUAAAUUCAACCUGCUUAUUAUGGACACCCCACUAAUACGGACAUUUCCUAUGGCCCCCUCACUGUCCAAAAUAACAGGGUUUGACUGUACUGGUUUCACAACAACAGCAACAACAACAACAACAAUUUUUAUUGUACCCAAAGCAGAAUAUUAUAGUUAUUUACAAGUUAUUAAAUUAAUCAAUUAACUAAAAGGGGUACUGACUUUCUGAAAUAACUAAUAAGUUUAAAAUGCCAAGAAGCCAGAUUCAGUAAAAUGAUUGAACUAAGUUUAUUUUGCAGAGUACAAUAUGGCAGCAUAUCAGACUGUAUACACACAAACACACUGAUAUACACACACACACUAGUGCAUAUUACCAUAAGAAGAGCAAAAAAUUAGGAUAGAAGUUACAAAGUACAAGAUAAUUGGCAAUAUUAGUACAGCGAAAGAUAAUGUUGUUUUAAUUUUGAUUUAAAUUGAGAAAGAGAAACAGCUGUAAUCUUUUCAUCAAUUGAGUUCACUGUGGAUGUCUGACAGCCUUUCUGGUUUGCCUGGCUAAAAUGGUGACCUAGUAGGACACAAUUAUGCCCUUUCUAAAAGGAAAAAAAAAGUAUUUUUAGGCCUGCUAUUCCAAACCAACUGUUAACUCACUUUUGUAGCACAAUAUGCCAUGCCACGUCAAGCUGUUUAAAUUCCAUGGUUGUUUUGUUUACAGUGAAGAUGUCUUCUCAAGUUAUGCUUGCAACUCAUUAAAUCAUAAAGGAAUUAAACAUCAUCCAGGGAAUAUUGUAGAAGCUGGUUGCUUGGCGGUAAGUAUGUAUACUGCAUAUUUUUUUAAAUGGCUUGAAAAUCAAACCAAAUUUGUCCCUAGUGUGGUUAAACAAGCAUUAGACCUUGUUUGAGUCAGAAUUUUCUUUGUUUCCUAGCCUCAACAAAGAGAAGUCAUUAUGUCAUGUUGCCCUGCUUACUUGCAAAAUUCCUGGAUCUCAGCAAACUGUGGCCCUGCAAUUAUAUGGGAGAAAAAAAUAGGACUGUAUGACUUUCCUAUGAUUGCACUUAGGACUUUUCUUUCAUCAUCCAACAAUACAAAUCAUGAAAUGGCCAUUUCUGUCUUGAAAGAAGGACUGUUGAGAUCGAGAAAUCUUGUUACAUGAUGGUAAAGUGAUAUCACGCUUUUCCCAAUUAUUUGUAGGGGACAAAGAUAACAUUAUUCCAUUUUAUCUGAGAACAGUUUAUUCUCACAAUGUUCAACUGUCUGUGCUAUUGAUAUUUUUGUUUUUAAAAAGGUUGUUUCAUUUUGCAGGUUUUACUGAUGAUUAUCUUUUUAAAGUAAAUGCACAAUAAAAUGGCUACUGACUUAAUGUAUGUCCCCUCUCUUUUCUAGGCACAGCAGCUACCACGAGCUAAAUACCAGUUGUUUAAAUCGCUUCCACAAGAUUUAGUAGAGACAGGUGAUGAUAACUGACAUAUUUACUUUGACCAACAUUCUGGUUAUUCUCUUGCUUCUUUAAGUCUCUGGUACUUGUGGCUCUCAAGUUCUCUUAGUUUCCUUUGCUCUGUGGCUCUCUGUUAUGCCUGGUUUUCCUGAUUCUCAUGGUUGGUAUUUCUCAUGGCUCUUCCUGUUAUCGUGGUUCUUGUACAUGUAGUUCUCCUCAGUUUUGUGAUCCUCCACGAGUACAUGAACUAGCCUCUGAGGACUACAAGAACCACAGAAACAGGAGACCAAUGAAUCAUGAUGCCAAUGAGAAGUAGCAAACCAUUUUAAAUUCAAGAAUCAGAAGAACCCAUGAGACCAUUGAGACCCUGGCAAAAAAAUGAUGAUACCGAUGAAAAACAUGUGCGACCAUUCAAAUGAGACCUCUUCAACUGUACUUUCACAUGGCAUCAGACUAAAAAACUAAUGGUUUUUUCCACAUUUACAUGUAAAAACUCUUUAAAAAUGAAAGUUGAAAUUUUUGUUGAAUUGGACACUUUGGUCACUUCUUGAAAAGAAGGGGUUUACAUAUAGUUAGGCUUUACUUACAGCAGCUUUGCCCCCCUCCCCCCUCCUUUAAUCAGACACCAAAGGGACAGAACCAAGUGUCCACUUUACAGAGCUGUCUGCCGUAAUUAAUUAUGUAAAGUAAUAUGUAUAAAGUUAGAUGUCUUUAAGCUAUAUAUGUGCAACAGAGAGAAUUGUUUUGUCCAUUUGCGCAUGGCUAAAAGUUUGUGUAACAACUCCCAACAACAUGCAACAACAUUGAAACAACAUGCAACAGGGUGUGCCAAUGGACGCAACAUUUAACAUUCAACAAUGUUGAGAGCUGUUGGCCGACAAUGUUGCAUCCAUUUGCACGAGGCUUUAGGAUGAAAAGACCUUAUAGAGAUGUUUGCAUGGAGGGGUUUGAUCAUAUUUUAGGUGAUAAUUUUGUAAUAAUAUUGACAAAGGGAAAUGUUGAUAAGCCUAUUUUUUUUUUUUGUUUACAUCAGGCAAACUAAGUGAUUUGCAACUGGAAGGAGUUUUGUAUGCUGUAAGUAUAAUUAUCACCUUAUUAGUAUCAAGAACUCUGUCAACAUUUGUCGGCUUUUGUAUUGCUCUUUCUUCUGUCCACAUAAAGCAUUUAAAAUAUUUGGGAAAAGAUGGAUUUCCAGCUAAAAAUAAAUUCAUUACAAAAAGGCCCUUCCAGCUGCUGUGGAUAUGUGGUAGCAGAGAGUGUGUUAUUGCACAGUCAUGGUCUUUAGUAAUAAAAUCAAGUUAAACAGCAUGAAAAAUUCAUUUUAUAAACUGCUGUUGAUUUUUUUUAAUAGUGUCAAAGACAUCAGAUGGUCCUUGCCAAUGGACAGAGAGCUGGAUUCUUUAUAGGGGAUGGUCCUGGGGUUGGAAAAGGAAGACAAGUGAGUAUAUUUUGUUUUUGUACAAUUUCAUGCUGUUAAGUCGAUGAACUGUUACUUUGUUUAUUUAGACAAAAAUCAAGAAUGAUGGCCAUUUUCACUGAGGUGCAAAUUUACCUCAUUUUCAUGCGUGCAAAAGCACUUGCCUCGUUUUCAUUUUAAGGUGACUCGACCCAGUUUUUUGGGGAGGUACCAUCCUUACUUUGAAGCUCUCUGGUAUCCCCUCCUUUACUUUUAUCGUAAGUCUAACACAUAGAAUGGAUAACAUAUAGAUCACUCUACAAUAAUUAUAGCAUAAAAUUUUUGGUGAUCGGAGUAAAUGUCACGUGGUUAUAAUGCCACGCCCCUUUGAGGUCUGAGUCGAAAAUCUGCUGUUGCCCGCAUUUUCUCGUGAAAAUCUCUCGGCUACACAUAGUGCGCAUUAGUGCCUUGCGAUGAACAGAGUUUCACCAAAAUCGCAAAGACCCAAUUCAAGAAAUUCAGCGGUUUCCAAAUUUAGGUCAUAAUUUAUGCGAAAAUGAUAAGCAAACUUUACACGAUUAUAUCUAAUAAACUAUGAGAUUCAUCCCUUCAUUUUGGGCAUCGUUAUAAGAGAUGGGUCCUUGCAAGUCAGCAAAAUGCUUUAGGGCCUUGUAAAUGCGCGCGAUUUCGAGCAAAGCAAACAUAUAGAAAUUAUAGUUUUCGCUAUUUUGUUGACGUUUGUCAGCGUUUAAGAGUCCUUCUCACGAAAAAAGCAUUUUCUUAAAAAUUCAUAGUUUUUUUUCUUUCAAAUUUUUUCAGGGCCACAAUUGAUUAACUAACUACCUGGACUCUGAAUUUCAUGGUCAUUGAAAAACUGUGACAUUAUCUUCUAUAAGCCCAAACUUGAGUAAACAUUGAAGAUUUUUAGCGUUUUGGCUGAGUUUGUGCUUUGGGAGUUGUCUAUUCCUUCUAGUCUGUCAUUAUACAGCAUUCUUGUUCAGCAUGCAUGCAAUGACCACGCUUGGGUGACUUCCGAAUGCUCACUGCCAAACCUUGAAUAUAGAACUGUUUGACUUUAAGCCCAUUAAAUUUGUAGUCAAGAUUACACUCCAGUUGUUUUCUACUGUAGAUUGCUGGCAUUGUGUUGGACAAUUUUGCACGUGGAAGAUCCAGACAUAUAUGGUUUAGUAUUUCAGCUGACCUACGAUUAGAUGCCCAAAGGUGUGUUCAGAUUAUUUUUUAGCCAAAGUCUGAUUAUGUAUUCACUGGAAUUUUGACCUUUUAAGUCAAUGAUUUUAACCCAUUCACUCCUGGGAAUUUUUCCGAAAAAUACCUUUUAAAAAAGUCUACUCUCUAUGACUUAUUGGCAAGGUAGGUUUUAUUACCGAUUAGAAGUCAUAAACAGGAUUUUCUUUUUCAAAGUCAUCUUCUGGUCCCUCAGUCGAUCCUACAGGAUGCAGGCAGUAAAUUAUUUUGCAUCUUUGGAGAUCUGAUGCAUUACUGGCACAGGAUGCACAGGCAGGGGUAACAAAAUCACUGCAGCAUUAAGUUCAUAAUUCCACAUUUUUUCACGCUUUUACAUGUAACCCAUUCACCCACUAGAACAAAAUGGUUCAGGGGUAAUAUUGGAAGGAAUAUUCAGAAGCAUUUCCACAGCAAUGAUCCAAUAAAAUCGAUAAAAUCGGCUUUGGAUUUGGAUUCACUGAUUCUGGACUGUGACAGAGUUUUCAUGAUGUGAAUCCCUAUAGCAGUUUGUUACAAAAUCAGUGAUGCUAGUAAUUGCUCUCUCUCUCUCUCUCUGUAUAGCUGUAAAAUACUAUAACCCAAGAAACUGACAAAUUUCUGAUUGUUUUUCAUUUGUCAGAGAUUUACAUGACAUUGGUUGUUUUGUCAAAGUGAUAGACGGUUGUCAGCAGCUGGAUAAAGAAACCAGGUACAAGAACUCAAAUACCACGGGUAUUAUUUAGAGUGGGGCAAGAGAGCCAUGCCUUCCCCUGCCUUUUUGUCUAAAAUCUUGUUAAAUUUCAGAAAAAAUUCUCUCAACAUCAGUCUGUCUUCCAGAAUCUCAAUUUUUGGACAAAAUGCUAUCAGAGUUCUCACUGUUUUGGAAUUUUUUAAAUCUUUCUCUGAAUACUACGAGUUAUCUACACUAGCUGAUGUCUGUUGUUAUCAUUAUGUAACACAACAUAUUCUUGGACAAGGUACAUAAAUUCCUUUUCUUAAUAAUUAUUUUCUAAGAUUUCUUUUUCAAACCAAUCUGUGCAUGCAAGUUUCAUUAAUUUUCAUUUUCCUUCAAUUCAGGUGUAUUUUUCCCCAAGUGAUAAUCUGAUCCAAAAUGUUUCCAAGCCAACUAUUGCUUCCUACAGUGUAAAAGAAAGGAGAAGUCACACUGCCAUGGUAGCAAAAUUUCUGGGUCUCAACAAACUGUGGUCCUGCCAAUAUGGUGGGGAAAAAAACAACAAUUUUUUCUUUUUGUGCAUUAUUGCACUUAAGAAUUAAAGGGUCGCUGGUAUUUUCCUUCCAUCGUUGGACAAUACAAAUGGCCAUCCGUCUCUGUCAAGGAAGAUUAUUGAUCCAGAAAUCUUGCUUCCACGGUAACAUGACAUCACACAUCUCUCUAUAGAAGCAAUAUUCUGUGAUUUAUUUGACAGUAAUGAUAGAUCAGUAGGAAUUUUAAAACAAAUCCAAUAACAUUGACAUUAUUUUGUUUUACAGAGUAUUUGGCUUACCUGCUGAUUUUAAAGAGGGUGUUGUCUUCAGUACAUACGCAACACUGGUGUCGUCUGUUCAAAAAGGUGAGCAUGCAGUGUGAAUGUCAUCUAUUACUGACAAUAGACAAGGUUCCUGUUUUUGUUGAUCUGUUUUAUUAUCUUUUUGACAGGUGCUAAUCGUCAGAGCAGAUUGCAACAGCUCAUAGACUGGUGUGGUGGUGAGCAGUUUAAUGGAUGCCUCAUAUUUGAUGAGUGUCAUAAAGCAAAGCAUUUUGUUCCUGUAAGUGAUUUACAGUAG